UGCAAGGUAUUCCUCUCCACAAGUCUUGUUUACUAGUUCUUCAGUUGACAAGUUGUGCUUAAUCUCUAAGUUUUGCACAACCAGCCUAAAACUGUCAUUCCGCAUGGAUCAAAUACCUUCUUCUCCUUUCAAUUCUUCUUCUACUGAAUGGCGUUAUGAUGUUUUCUUGAGUUUUAGAGGAGAAGAUACCCGCACAGGAUUUACAGACCAUCUCUACAAGGCUUUAGUUGACAAAGGAAUCCGUACCUUUAGAGACAGUGAAGCACUUCGAAGUGGAGAAGAGAUUGAAGGAGCACUUCUGAAAGCUAUCCAAGAAUCAAGAUUUUUCAUCGUUAUUUUCUCAGAAAACUAUGCUAACUCCAAGUGGUGUUUAAAAGAACUCGCGGAGAUCAAUGAAUGCAAAGCAAAGGGACAAAAAGUUUUUCCAGUUUUCUACCAUGUAGAUCCAAGCGAAGUGCGAAAUCAGUCUGGAAAUUAUGGAAAAGCAUUCGCAGAUUAUGAAAACGAUGCGAACCAAGACAGUGAGCGAAUACAAGUAUGGAGGACUGCCCUGAAGGAAGCAGGCCGUAUAAUUGGAUAUCAUAUAGAUAAAGAGCCCGAGGCAGAUGUUGUUAAGACCAUUACUAGAGAUAUGAUAUGUGAGAUAAUAGGUAAAGGCUGUGUUGAGGAUGGCCUAGUUAAUAAAGAAUCCCGUUUGAAAGCCUUAAAAGAGUUGAUUGGUGAAUCAAAAGAUGUUCGCAUGGUUGGGAUCUAUGGACUCCCUGGAACAGGGAAGACAGCUAUUGCCCGAGCUUUGUACAAUGAAAUUUCUUAUCAAUUUGAUGGUUCUAGUUUUCUUGCAAAUAUCGGAGAGACAUCCAAAAAGGAGGGCCUAUAUUGCUUACAAGAACGACUUUUUUGUGAUAUCUUAUUAGGAGAAAGUCGAAAAAUAAUGUUUCAUAGAAGAAACAAUUUGAUUAAGCACAAAUUUCGUACUAAAAGAGUUCUUAUUGUUCUUGAUGAUGUAAAUAACGAGGAACAAGUGAUAUUAUUAGUCAGAAAACAUUAUUGGUUUGGUGAAGGAAGUAGAAUCAUUAUAACGUCUAGAGAUAAACGUAUGUUAUCUCAAUUUAAUGUGGAUGCACUUUAUGAGCCUAAGAAUUUAGAUUAUUGUGAAGCUUUAGCACUCUUGUGUCACCACGCCCUUACCGAAGAACAAUCUCCACAUUGUUUUUUUGACCUUUUAAAUGAAGUAAUGAUUUAUUGUCAUCAUCAUCCUUUAGCUCUUAAAGUUGCGGGUUCUUUUCUACGUGGCAAGGGAUGUUCGCAGUGGAAAGUUCAGUUACAAAAUUUGGGUAUAAAAUCUGACGUUUUUAGAGUGAGUUAUGAAGAACUAAGUGAUGAAGAAAAGGAUAUAUUCCUUGAUGUUGCAUGCUUCUUUCAAGGGGAGUACAAAGAUUUUGUUACAAAAAUACUAGAGAAACAUGAUUUCUCUGCUGAACAUGGAGUGCAAGUUCUAAGUAAUAGGUGCCUCAUAACAAUUUCGGAAGGAAAGUUAUGGAUGGAUAGUUCAAUACAAAAAAAGGCCUGGUAUAUUGUUCGCCAACAGGCACGGAUAACAGGCAAACCUUGCCGCUUGUGGGAUCAUGAUGAAAUCCUACACCUACUGGAGACAAACAAGGGGAUACGUGCAAUUGAAGGCAUAUCCUUAGACUUAUCCAAAUCAAAUGACAUAAAAUUUUCUGUUGAAGCCUUUUCUAAAAUGAGUGUACUCAGAUUGCUAAAGGUCUUCUUGGGUUCUGGAUGUGUCAAUGAAAAGGAGACUUAUAAAGUGCAUUUUUCUACGGACUUUAGGUUUCCUUCAUAUAAGUUAAGGUAUCUCCAUGGGCAUGGAUACCAAUUCGAUUCUUUUCCUUCAAACUUUGAGGCAAAGGAGCUUCUUGAACUCAACAUGCUAUAUAGCAGCCUAAAACAAAUUAAAGGGGAUGAGAUUCAUUUUCCAAAUUUAAUUGCCCUCGAUCUUAGUCACUCUCAACAAUUGAAAACUAUCUCAAACUUCUCAAGGAUGCCAAAAUUGGAGAAACUGGUUCUUGAAGGUUGUAGAAGUUUGGUUAAGGUUGACCCAUCUAUUGUAAAUCUGAAAAAGCUUUCUUUGAUGAAUUUGAAAGGCUGCAAAAGGCUUAAGAGUCUUCCAGAGAGAAUUUGUGAAUUCGAUUUUCUUGACACUCUUAUUCUCGCGGGUUGUUCGAGACUUGAGAAAUUGCUAGGUGACUGGGAGGAACGGCAAAGUUCAGUAAACCUGAAGGCAAGGCGAACUUAUAGAAGAAGCCCCACUCCACCUCCGAAGCUAAGAAUUCUUCACUUGGGGCAUUGCAAAGGGCUUGAAGGAAUUUCAAAGCUUCCUUCAAGUAUCCAAGAAGUAGAUGCAUACAACUGCACUUCCAUGCCAAUUUUAUCGUGGAAGACCGGACUAGGAGCAUCCAUUUUACAGAGGAUCAAGAUGAAGCCGGAAUCUGCAUUUUCUAUCGUUCUUCCUGGGAAUACAAUUCCAGACCGUUGGGUCACCCAUAAGGUGACAGAAUCUUCAGUGACUAUGAAGCUGCAAAAACCUGAUCAGUGCAGCGAUGACUUCUUGGGAUUUGCCGUGUGCCUUGUUUUUGCACCACAGGCUGAAGGGCCUCAGCUAAAUCCUGAAAUAUUGUGUGAAUUGAAUAAUUUCACAUUUUUCUUUUGUGGCGAGGACAGUGUAGAGUCAGAUCAACGGGGCAACAACAGUACAGAUGAAUUUCUAGAGUCAGAUCAAGAACGGGGCAGCAACAGUACAGAUGAAUUUCUGACUGCAGCAGAUGAAUCUCUAGAGUCAGAUCAAGAACAGGGCGACAACAGUACAGAUCACGUGUGGUUGGCAUACCGACCACGACCACGUGCUCGAGCUGAUGGAUGUCAUCCUAAAGAAUGGAAGGCUUCAUUUAAAGUGAUUGACUGUGAGGUGAAAGAGUGGGCUAUUUGCAUGGUUUUGAAAACCCGACCGCCGGACUGGCCGGGGCCGGUUGUUGAAUUGGUCCAACCGUUGACCGGUGAAACUGCCCACUCUAGUUUGCAAAAUGGGCCGUGGCUUUGGUUCGUUUCCCAAGGCCUGUGGGCUUGAACCAUGGACAUCACGUUCGGGAAAGGAUAUCUUCCCUGCACUCGUUGGCGAGGAAAAAAGAGUGGGAUCGUGGGCGAGGCAGUGAAAAGGCUUAUGGCUUUGGCGUGGGGGGAUCUUCGGUGUGAGAGUGAAUUGUGGGCUGUUUUGAUAAGCUUUAUCUUUUGAUGUGUUUAAUGUCUUUAAGAUAAGGCCUUGUUUCGUUGUUUCUAUAUAUCUUUACACUUUUGUA